GAUCGUCCAUUUCCAUCCUGAAGCUGUCGCGCUUGGCGGCGACUCAGCAUGGGAACAGAGCUGCUACUGAAGGCGUCUGCGGAAAGCACUUCAAGGUUUCAUCGCCUUUUACAGGAUCUGCUCGAAGAACACGAAAAACAGCAGUCGCUGCUCCGUCGCGAGAUCCAGCGGCUGGGCGGCGAAGCCUUCGACGCUUCCGGCACCAGCGGAGCCCUCGGCGCGUCCGGCGCCGGCGAUGCUUUGGAAGUCCUGGACCCAGAGAGGGUGGAUUUGGAAGUUCCCUCCGAACGCCGGGAAGAUGACGUUGUGUUGGCCUUGACAUAUGAGGAGCCACCGAGCCUCGAACCCCUGCCAGCGCCAAAAGACGAGCCUCCGAGUCAGUUGGACAAGGAGACAGGGUCGCUCACGUUGCCACCGAUCCCAGCCACCAGCUCUGAGAUUCUGCAGAACAUGAAAAUGGACGAGGGAGAAGAAGAUUCAGAGACCAGGAAAGGUGUUAAGGCAGUGGCUUUCUCCUCCGAAACAUCAAGGUAUGGUGGCGACUCAGAGGUGGAUGCACAGACACCCAAAAGCAAAGCCAGUGCGCUGGAGAACAAGGUCUAUGCGAAGCGAGACACCUGGGCGAUGAGCACCUUUGGAAUGGAAGACGAUUGGUCGCCCCAGCGCUACAUCAUGACCUCUCAGAGUUUGAAAAAGAAACAGCAACAGAACCUCUUGGUGCGAAGCACCAAAACCAUGGAAUUGCUCCCGCAAAUGAACUGUUUUGCGAUCCUGAAGCAUGGCCGACCUAUCCCACCAUCCGCACCCGUUCGCUUGGCGUGGGAUGUGACCGGGCUUUUUCUCAUCCUGUACGACAUUUGCGCCAUUCCUCUGGAGGCUUUUGAGUUUGAGAGGAUCUUCUUUCAGGACUUUAUGGACUGGGCAGCUUUGCUCUUCUGGACAUUGGAUGUGAUCUUCAGCUUCUUCACCGGCUACUACCACAAUGGCCAGCUGAUUUUGGACUACUGGAAGAUCGCUAUCAACUACCUGUCCACCUGGUUUAUCCUGGAUUGUGCAGUGAUCAUCCCGGAGUGGUUGACCAUGUUGGGCUCGGAUAGCUUCGCCUAUGCUGGGAUCGGCCGUGCUUUGAGGUUGGGAAAGGCGAUGCGGGUCGUGCGUCUCUUGCGUGUCCUGAAGUUGAGGCGCAUCAUCGACGCUUGCUUGGAGUACAUCGAGAGUGAGUUUACAUUCCUGGUGAUCUCUCUCUUGCGUUUGUUGUUCUUCAUUGUUCUGCUGAACCAUGUGAUCGCCUGCCUGUGGUAUCUCAUUGGCAAGGAGUCCUUGGCUGGAGAAAUCGUGAACUGGAUUGAGGUUGGCGGCUAUGAAGCAGAGACCGCCACCUACAAGUACUUCACGUCUCUUCACUGGGCGUUGACACAGUUCACUCCGGCUUCCAUGGAUGUGAGUGCGAAGAAUGUCUAUGAGCGCAUGUUCUCGAUUGCAGUUCUGUUCUUUGCGAUGGUGGCAUUCUCCUCCAUUGUAGGAGGUGUCACGGCCUCAAUGACUCAACUGCAGAAUCUGCGCAGUAAUCACAUGAAGCAGUUCUGGAUGUUGCGGCGCUAUUUGAAGCAGAACCAGGUGAACAAGGAGUUGCAGUUCCGCAUUGAGAAGUUCCUGGAGUAUCGCAUCAUGAAGGAGCAGGAAUAUGUCCAACCCAAUAUGGUGCUGCAUUUGCCAAAACUGUCACAACCUCUUCGGAAUGAACUCGCUCACAGCAUUAUGGUGCAGUGGCUCCGUGGGCAUCCGUUCUUCCAUAAAGUCAGUACCUUGAUGCCCAAUUUCAUGCACAAACUUUGCAGCAAUGCCAUCAAAGAGAAGGUCCUGGGUCAAGGGGACAUCGUCUUCGAGGCGGGCGAGGAGUGUACCCACAUCUACUUCCUAUCGGCUGGCCUCGUUUUGGAAUACACGCCCCUGGCGCAUCGUUCCAAGAAACUCGAGGACGCUCCAUCACACAGGCUGCAACAAAAGCAAUGGUUAUCUGAACCGUCACUGUGGGUGCCAUGGAAACACCUGGGCGUCUGCGAAGCAGAAAAACCAGGUGAGUUGAUCUCCGUGGAUGCCAACAGUUUCUGCAAGGAGAUGAGUGCCCAUCCAGCCCCGCGGACCUUCUGCGCCAGCUACGCUCGUCUCUAUGUGGAAUGCUUGAACAACCUCCCAAAACAAGUACUGAGCGAUGUGCUGGACCAACAUAUUCUGGACAGCACCGCCCUAGUGGAGCGUGCGUCGGUCCUGUUAGCGGCCAUCUAUGAAAACCGGGCCGCCUCGAACCUCGAUCUGACCAAUGUUGGUUGAGCCGGAGACCUACGACGUUUACGAGACGCCCCAACAAAGUUGAGAGGCGAAGCCCCAACAAAGUUGGGAGGUGAAUUGUAUUCGGAAUAUGCGCUCCUUCGUCCAUGAUGUCCAUCAGAACAUAUCAGGGCGGCCUAGCCAUGGG